AUGGAACGAAAAUUUCAUAUAAAGGAAAAAAUAUGUUUUUUUUUUGCAGUUUGUCCAGAAGGCAGUUAUGGCAACAAUUGUACAAUGCGAUGCAAUUGUUCGGCCAGUGAACGAUGUGAUAAUGUAAUCGGAUGCUGUGAUCCGGAUAAAGAUCAAUGCCGUUUGCCCAAAAGUGAUGCUUUAUUAAAAUCGAAAGCUCGCAAUGAAUGGUUGCUGGGUAUUUUACUUGCAUCGUUGCUGGCCGUAGGCGUACUUUUGUUCGGGACGAUUUUCUAUCGCAAGAAAUACAUCAAAGAAAAAGAUCCCGAUCUACCUGUUUUCACUUAUCAUCCACGUCCGCAAGCAGUGCUGGAUGAAAUAGAAUCCCGGGAAUUCAAUAAUCCUCUGUACCGGCAAUCAGCAAUCAAUUCAGUACCGGUAAAAAUAAUUGGCGAUGAUCGGACGCCAAUUGCUAGGAGUACGCAGCUACGAAGUGGCCCGCUUAUGAGUAAGUUUUUUUUUCCAAAAUUCUUGUUUUUUAAAUCAGUUCAUUUAUUGUGA